CCUCCUCCUCCCUCCCAAGCACCUGCAAGGGGGCGGGAAGCCCUGACGUAGCCAGCCCCUGGGUGUGUGGGAGGUGCACAGCCAUCCUCUUCUCCAAAGUCCCACCUCCUCUCUCGCCUGCACGCCCCCCAAAGCUGGAGCAAGGGACUCAGGGAGGGUUUUUAUGUCCCUUUGUGCGGUGGAGGUGGCAGCAGCAACACCACAAAGGAGGUGACCGGCCAGGCCAGGGUCCUUAGCCCUCUAUGCAACUUUGCAUGGAACGCUGCGGGGAAACACAGGACACCCGCGGUCUGUUCCUUUCCCCGGCUAGGGAUCCCCAAGCUGUCAGGGGAAGGGUGCCUCCUGCGAUGCCCUAGGACCCUGUGACGUCCGCAGCACCCCAGGGCGCCCGCUGCCACCGUUGUCCCGCUGGAACCCGGACUGGACCAAGACAGGACAUGUGGGUCUCCCUCAGACACUAGCCGGGUUUGGGGUGAGGGACAUCCAGAUGGCCAAGUGGUUGCGGGACUACCUGAGCUUUGGUGGCCGGAGGCCCCCGCCACAGCCGCCUACCCCAGACUACACAGACAGUGACAUCCUGAGGGCCUACCGUGAGCAGAAGGAUCUGGACUUCGAGGACCCUUAUGAGGACGCCGAGGGUCGCCUGGAGCCAGACCCUGCUGGCCCGGGAGACACCAAAUAUGACUCUCCAAAGCACCGGCUGAUCAAAGUGGAAGCCGCGGACAUGGCCCGAGCCAAGGCGCUACUGGGCAGUCCAGGGGAUGAGCUGGAAGUGGACACUGAGUAUUCGGACCCCUUCGAUGCCCAGCCUCACCCGCCACCCCCAGAUGAUGGGUAUAUGGAGCCCUAUGAUGCCCAAAGAGUUGUGAGUGAACUCCCAUGCAGGGCAGUUCAGCUGUACGACACUCCUUACGAAGAGCAGGACCCAGAGCCAGAGGACGACGUCCCUUGUGGACAGAAGCCUCGGCAGAGCCGCCUCCCGCUGGAAGACGAGCGGCCUGCAGAUGAAUAUGACCAGCCUUGGGAGUGGAAGAAAGAUCACAUCUCCAGGGCGUUUGCAGUGCAGUUCGAUGGUCCCGAGUGGGAAAGGACCCCUGGCUCCACGAAGGAGCCCCGGAGAGCCCCGCCGGCAGAGCGCGUGGACCCGACCCUGCCCCUGGAGAAGCAGCCGUGGUUCCAUGGCCCCCUGAGCAGGGCUGAUGCGGAGAACCUCCUGUCCCUCUGCAAAGAAGGCAGCUACCUUGUGCGGCUCAGUGAGACCAGCCCCCAGGACUGCUCCUUGUCCCUCAGGAGCAGCCAGGGCUUCCUGCACCUGAAGUUCGCACGGACCCGGGAGAACCAGGUGGUGCUGGGCCAGCACAGCGGGCCCUUCGCCAGCGUGCCAGACCUGGUGUCACACUACAGCUCAAGGCCACUGCCAGUGCAGGGCGCCGAGCACCUGGCCCUGCUCUACCCAGUCACGCAGAGCCCCUGACACACAGACACACAGACACACAGCCUUGUCCUGCUCCCAGCCUGCCAGGGGCCCUGGCUGCUAAGUGGGAUGGGGGGGGCAUAGAUUACACAGAGUCCCUCUGUAUCCGCCUUUUCUACCCUUUUCUCGGUUCCAGGGCCACAAACUGUGUCACUGCCACCGCAAUAAACAUCUCACCAUCUUU